AUAUUCAACCUCCCUCCCUCCCUCCCUCUCUGUUUCUCUCUGUUCUCUGCCAUGGAAGAUGACGUUGGAGCAUGCAACACGGGGCUGUGUCUUGGACUGGGGAUAGGAGGGUAUGUGCCAAAGAAGAAGAAGCAGAUCAGAGAGAGCAAUAAUCAAGUGCCCUUUGAACUUUAUCCCGACGGAGAAACUAUGGAUCGUCAUGAAGAUCUUGGAUUGUUCAGAAUAAAGAGAAUGGAUCAUGAUACCUCCACCAACUGCAGAAAGAAACUGAGGCUCACCAAGGAUCAAUCUGCCUUGCUUGAAGAAAGCUUCAAGCUCCAUGCCACUCUUAACCCUGCUCAGAAACAAUCCCUCGCAGAGCAAUUGAAGUUGAGACCCAGACAGGUCGAAGUUUGGUUCCAGAACAGAAGAGCAAGGACCAAGUUGAAGAAGACGGAGAUAGACUGCGAGUUCUUGAGGAAAUGCUGUGAGAAUCUCAGAGACGAGAACCGAAGGUUGAAGAAAGAGUUGCAGGAGUUACGUCCACAGAAAAUCGGGACGUCGCCGAUGUUCAUUCAACUCUCAAAGACGGCGGCGGCGACGACGACGACGACUUGUUCGUCAUGUCAGAAACCAUUCAAAGCGAAUGACGCAAAUAAUAAUGAUAAUAAGAACAACAACAAUAAAAAGAACAAACUGGAGAGAGAUUGCUGUUAGGGGUAAAUCUGAAUACAUUUAUAUUUAGAUAUAGUGUUCUGGUGAAAUGUUAAGUUACGCGACACUUGGGGAUAUUUGGGAAAUGAAAUGAUAUUUAGUGAAGUUUGAUGUGUGGUUUGACUAAUAUUACAUGAGAAAUAUGGUAGUCAGUGGGAAGGAAGGAAUAAGAUUUUGAAUGGUUGAAACUGAAAGAGGAAAAGAAUUCCUCAAGUGAGUCCACUAAUUAAUUAGAAAGGUUAGAGCAGUGCAUCUUAGCUACACAAUAGGGUAUGGUUUACUUGUAUUUCUCAUCCUUCAAAAUCCAUCCA